AUGGACUUGCUCACUUCACCAUCAUUUCAUCAUAUUUCGCCAAUCACUCGUUCUCGAAGCGAUGUUCGAUCGACAGCAAUGCGAAGAUCCAACUCAUUCUCUGGAGUGACUCGCUCAACUUCAAGCGGAAGAUUCACCCGCCCCGAAUAUGGAUAUGGUGGCGGCUACAUGGCUCGUUCGAUCAGCAAAUGUGGAAGCUCGUUGUUUGGUAGAUCUUUGGCUGCAACCGCACUGACCAAGACCCCACCAUUCCAUAAUGUUGGUGUUCAAAGAAGCACUCCGCAUUUCACGGAUAAGUAUCCAUACGUCAGAUACAGCUAUGGAAAUACCGACACCGCAUUGGGUAUCUUGACUCAAUCGGAGUCGGUCUAUUCGCGACAUGCUGGUAUUCGUGACAUCGGAACCAAGAGAUGGCUUGAGGGAAAACUUAAUGCUUACAACACUUCUUUGUUCACCCGCCCGGAUUAUCAGAAAAGAGUUGAGAGACCGAUUGCUUCAACUAGAAGCUAUGUUAGAUACAUGCCGGUUGAUGAUGCCGUUGACAUGUACAAGAAGCGAUGCAUGACUGUUGGAACACUUUCAAAGUAUUGGCUCUCGCCGGCAACCUGGGCGUCUCGUCGUGAAAAAGAAUCCAACUUGUCGUCAUCGCUGAGCCGCGGAAACUACUCGUACUCGAGCCGCUUUGACCGACUUGGCGGACGUUACUAA